CCGCGCGUCCCUCGCUCCAUCCGAGCAUCCCUCGCUCCAUCCGCGCAUCCCUCGCUCCCCCCCGCGCCGGCGGGGCCGCUCCUGCGCGGGGAUGGCGGAGCGGCCGCGCUUCCUCUGCGGCGUGGUGGAAGGUUUCUACGGGAGACCAUGGUCAAUGGAUCAGAGGAAACUUCUCUUCCAAUGGCUGCGACGCCGGGGGCUGAACUGCUACAUGUACGCGCCCAAGGACGAGCUGAAGCACCGGCUGCUCUGGAGAGAGCCCUACACAGAGCAUGAGGCAGCCCGCCUGCGGUCCCUCAUCGAAGCUGCCCACGAGCAGGCUGUGGAGUUCAUCUUCGCCAUUUCUGCCGGCCAGGACAUGGUGUUCUCCAGCGCCGGGGAUCGGCUCCUGCUGCAGCAAAAACUCAGGCAGGUGGCUGCCAUGGGCUGCCGCUCCUUCGCGCUGCUCUUCGACGACAUCGACCCUUGCAUGUGCCAAGCUGACAGAAAUGUCUUCCCCUCCCUGGCGCAGGCUCAGGCCUCUGUGGCCAACGAGGUGUACCAGGAGCUGGGCCAACCCUCCGUCUUCCUUUUCUGCCCUACAGAAUAUUGCAGCUCGCUCUGCUCUCCCAGCCCCAGCCAGUCCUGCUACCUGCAGACCAUCGGCCAGGAGCUGCUGCCAGGGAUCGGCGUCAUCUGGACAGGCCCGAAGGUGGUGUCGCAGGAGCUCUCGGCCGCGCUGCUGGAGGAGGUGGAGGCUGUCCUGAGGCGCCGUCCCGUCAUCUGGGACAACCUCUACGCCAACGACUACGACUGCAGACGUGUCUUCCUGGGCCCCUACAUGGGCCGUGCCCCUGGCCUCACGUCCAGGCUCCACGGGCUGCUCCUCAACCCCAACUGUGAGCUCCAGGCCAACUUCAUCCCCAUACACACGCUGGGCACCUGGUUUCGGAGCGAGAUGGAGAGCUGUGCCCACUCUGACCACGCAGGAACGGAGGAGGUGGCAGCCCAAGGUGCUCAGGAUGGAAGCUACAGCCCCCAGGAAGCCUUGGAACUGGCGCUGCGUGACUGGGUGGCCGAGAUAAACCAGCAGGCCUCGGAGCCAGGAGGAAGGACCCCAGGACGCCCCAGUGUCAGCCUCAAGGGAGGACCAAGGCUGCAGCCCGGCACGGCGGUGGGACAGGAGGUCACUCCCGACCCUCAGCCCCACAGCUCUGCUCCUGGUGGGGCAGAUCAGCACAGCCCCGAGCCCUGCGGGGCAGCACCAGAGCAGGGGUGCAGGGAGGUGACCUCGGAGCCUGAGGAGGACAGUGGGAACAGGACACCCGCUGGCCACCAGCAGAGCCCUGCAGGGGCUGGGGGCCAGCUGGCCACAGGGAGCAGGGAGAGCUGUGAGCCCUCCUCCGGUGUGGCUGGGAGUGCCCAGUCUGGAGGAAUCCCAGUGGCCACCAAGACCCUCCCCGGCCCAAGCCCCACCACGAGCUCCAGCACGGGGGCAGACACCAGUCAGAACAUUUCCUUGCCCGCCAGUGAUGCCAGGACAGGGGGUGGCAGCCCCAUCCAGUCUCCCAGCAGCACCCAGCCCGAGGCCAUCAGGGCUGAUGUGCCCCAGACACCCCCAGGACCUGGGGCUGCUGCCAGCCCAUGUGCCCCAGCCCCACUGACUGAUGAGCUUGGUGCUCGCCCUGGUCCCAUGGCACCAGUGACCCCAAAGGAGGCUGGGUCUGGCCCCAUGGCACCAGUGACCCCUAAGGAGGCCAGGACCAGCCCCACAUCACAGGUGACCCCAGAGGAGGUUGUGUCUGGCCCCAUGGCACCAGUGACCCCAGAGGAGGCCAGGACCAGCCCCACAUCACAGGUGACCCCAGAGGAGGUUGGGUCUGGCCCCAUGACCCCUAAGGAGGCCAGGACCAGCCCCACAUCACAGGUGACCCCAGAGGAGGCCAGGACCAGCCCCAUGCCACCAGUGACCUCAGAAGAGGCUGGGUCUGGCCCCAUGGCACCAGUGACCCCAGAGGAGGCCAGGACCAGCCCCACAUCACAGGUGACCCCAAAGGAGGCCAGGACCAGCCCCAUGGCACCAGUGACCUCAGAAGAGGCUGAACCUGGCCCCACGGCACUGAUGACCCCAAAGGAGGCCGGAUCCGACCCCACAGCACCGCUGAGCCCCGAGGAGGCCGCGUCCAGCCCUACAGCACCACUGACCCUGGAGGAGGUGCGGAUGCUGGUGGAGCUCUUCUACCUGCCCUACCACCACGGGGCUCUGGCACGGGAGCUCCUGGAGCACUUUCGGUGGCUGCGGGCGAACAGCCUCAGCGUGGGGGUCCCGGCCACGGCGCCUGACGCCUGCGGGGGCACGCGGUGGCGAGGCCGGGCUCAGUCCUUCCAGCAGCUCUGCGCGCGGACGUGCCGCCUGCACAGCCGCCUGGUCAGCACCGCCGGCCGGGCGCUGCUCUACGACCUGCACCCCUACCUCUGGGACAUCCGUAACCUGCUGCUGGCCGCCAGUGCCUUCGUCCUCUGGCUGGAUGGUCACCUCCUGUGCGAGCCUGACCCCAAGGGCACCUGGGGGAACUGCUUUGGCUGGUGCCAGAGCAUCACUGCCCCGAUCCUGCUGGGGAGGGACGCCGAGCCCUGGGCGCGUCGCGGGGGCCUCUUUGGAGAGCUGCAGGCACUGCUGCCCGUGGGGAACAGCUGUGACCUCUUCUACCAUCCACCGCCGCUCUUCCCGUCCAGCCAGCUGUACCUGCUGCGCCCGCUGCUGCCCCUGGACAAGGGAGAGCUUUACCGCAUGUGCCGGGAGAGUUUGGACUGCGAUCCCAAAGUGGCAGAGAUCCUCGUGGCCCACCCAGACCUCCUGGGUGACAGGCUCCUGGGCAGCUUCCUCAGCCUGAGCCCCGAGUACACCUUUGUGUUGGAGGAUGAGGGCGGCCCGUGCGGCUACGCGGCCGGAGCGCUCCACGCCGAAGGCUUCCUGCAGCAGCGAGACAGCAGCUGGCUGCCGGCCGUCCGGCACAAAUACCCCCCAGACCUGGGCACGGCGGGCUCAGCUCUGGGGCAGGAUGCCCUGGAGGAAGCAGUGCUCUUCUUCCACGAGGAGCCGCUGGCAGUGCCCCAGCCUGUGCUGAGGCGCUUCCCCUCCCUGGUACAGCUGGGCACGGCCCCCCGUGUGCUGGACGUGGGGGCCAGCCGCAGCCUGGCCCUCUGCCUGCUGAGCGCACUCAGGGCCAACGGGUCACGGGGGGUGUUCUGCCAGGUCAGCGACGCCGACCGGCAGCAGCUGAGUUUCUACAGCAAGCUGGGCUUUGUCGCCUUGCCGGUGGCCUGGGGCAGCUCUCCCGGCGCUCAGCUCCUGGGACGUCUCCUCUGACGGGGCACAGGGAGGCAGUGCCCCAGGACAGGCCGGUUCCCCAGGCCAGGCUGAGCCCCUCAUCCCACACAGCAUCGUUCUGAGCAAGCGGGAGCAGAGGGGCACCUCGAGCAGGCCAGGUACACGUGAGAGGGGACACGGGGGCCAGCAGGAUGUCCCUGGGAUGUGUGCCGGGCUGCGAGGUACCUGGGUAGCAGAGAGCUUAUUUCUGCCGCUCGCGGGGUUUGGGCGCCUCUGUGCCACCACAACUGUUCCUGUGUUUGCCGGGUAUCCCCCCACCUUUUCUGGGGAGCCAGGCUGUCUGCAGACCCUCAGGCCUGCAGGAGCAGUGUUUGGUUUGCGGUCCUGGAGCACAGCACGGUGCCUUAGUGCUACGGGAGUGUUCCUAUCACACAGGCCGGGCUGUCCAGCUCUCUCCACCCCGAGUGGCCUGAGACUGGGCAGCGGGUGCUGGGGCUGGCUCUGCUUGUCUCUGUGGAUUGAUCAGGCGUGGGAUGCUGAUGGGGCAGCCUCUGUUUUUGUGCCUGGGGCCUGAGGGAAGCGCCGUCCUUGGCAAUAAAGCGUUUG